UCCAUCGCAGUCGCUUUACGCAGACGGAACGCAAUCAUAUCCUACCUUAUCCUAGACUGCAGGACCUGAAAUGUGAUGUUGAUGCAAUACCGCCCAGUUCUGUGCCCUCCGCCCAAACAAGUGCCUUAUUCUAUGAUCCUAAAUUGAUUAGUGACUAUACCUUGCUGCCUUCUGGCGACACAACUAAGAACUACGUCAAGGAUUUGCUGGAUGGAGACAAUGGAGGAAAAAUUGAACUUGGUCGAUCUUAUUCCGGUGCUUUAAUGAGCGACGGUUUGGUGGAUGGGAACAAGGGCGACUUUGCUUCGAAAUCCUGCCAGACGGACAGAGAUAUCAGCGUUAAAGAAGUGCAAACGGACUCGUCGCUGUGUCAAAAAGAGUGCCAAACGGACGAAACACCCGAUGUUUCAAGAGCAGGAAAAACUAUGCUAAGUCGAGGUCUGAGCGCUGAUGCGUGUGAGAGAACUUCAGACCCCAAGUCGAACGUUGCUCGUGUUUCAUGUCACCAACGCUCGUGCAGCUCCGACUACUGCCUCAAGCGCUGUCAUUCUAAAGACUCCCGCCAAAGACGCCAGCAGUCAAGCGACUUUCUGUACUUCGUCAAAAAAGAUCCUAGCCUUGCCUCAAACUUCCCACUCAAUUUACGGUUAGACGACACCGGAGAAUUGGGGUGGCGUGAGCACAGACGUCAGUUCUCUGCCGUGGAGGUGGUAACUGCAGAUGUCAUCAUCUUAGGCGCGGCAUCUGCACAGGACCCCCCUUUGAUGGUGCCCUCGAGUCCUCCUGACGAAGCGCCUCCACCUAGUAGAGGAUGUUCUUUCAGCUCUGGCAUCGGCGAGGCGAGUCUGUACCACGCGCUGGUUGUGAUCUUCCUGGAGUUCUUCGCGUGGGGGCUACUCACCUCGCCCAUGAUUGAUGUGUUGAAUCUGACUUUCCCCAACCACACAUUCCUGAUGAACGGUCUCAUCAUGGGGAUCAAAGGGAUCCUCUCGUUCCUAUCUGCACCUCUGAUAGGCGCUCUCAGUGACGUCUGGGGGCGCAAGUUCUUCCUGCUGGUGACGGUCUUCUUCACCUGCCUGCCCAUCCCCUUCAUGAAGAUCAACACCUGGUGGUACUUCGCCCUCAUCAGCAUGUCGGGGGUGUUCGCCGUGACGUUCAGCAUCGUCUUCGCGUAUGUGGCCGACGUGACGGACAAGGACGAGCGCAGCUACGCCUAUGGCCUCGUCAGCGCCACUUUCGCCGCCUCUCUCGUCACGUCGCCGGCCCUGGGGGCGUACCUUGGCUCGGUACACAGUGACGACCUGGUGGUGGGGGUGGCAACGGCCAUCGCGGUGCUGGACGUCUUCUUCAUCCUCGUGGCGGUGCCCGAGAGCCUGCCGGAGAAGCUGCGCAUCUCGUCCUCCUGGUCCGCCGCCAACAUAUCCUGGGAGAACGCCGACCCUUUCUCU